AUGAAGAGAAUGGAAAAGGUUAAGCCCAGAUUAUGUUCUUCUUCAACUCGAGCUCCAAGAAUUGAAAGAAAAAUUGUUGAGAAGAACAGAAGAAAUCGGAUGAAGAUUCUCUACUCUGACCUCCUCGGUCUUCUUCCAACUCAUGGCUUCAAGAAAGCAAUGCCAUUACCUGAUCAAAUAGACGAAGUAGUGAUGUACAUCGAAAGUUUAAAGAUGAAGGUGGAGAAGAUGAAGGAGAAGAAGGUAUCCUUGUCGCAAAGGAAAAUAUCACAUUCUUGCAUUGCAAGUGACAUUCAAGCCAACACAAAGUCUCCACCACCUCUAGUAGAAGUUCAAGAUAUGGGACCAAAUAUGGAUGUCAUUUUAGUUAGUGGGCUCCAUGAUUUAUCAAAGUUCUACAAGAUAAUUCACUUGCUUCAUGAAGAUAGUAUUGAAGUUGUCAAUGCAAUUUUUUCUGUGCAUGGAAAUUCCACCAUCCAAAUCGUCCAUGACAAGAUAGGGAAACCAAAGCUGGGAUUUGGAGCUACAGCAAUGACAAGAAGGAUAAAGGAUUUGAUUUGUGGAUACACAUGCAGUGAAGUAGAAUCAAAUUUUGAUUUACGGGAUUAUGAAAUCCAAUCUGAUAUUUGGGGAUUCGAUAUUGCAGAAGUGAUAGAUGCCUAUAGGAGUUUAGUAUAUUGUCAAGGGGUUUAA